UCGGGAAGUGUCGACGGGCGGGAAUGAGGGGACCGCGAUGAGAGGCGUCGAGGACGAUGAUUGUGCAGCUCGGUUUCGGACGGGGCGGGGGCGACGCGGCUGCUGCGGCAGGACUCGACGAGCCUGACUUCUGUCGCGGUCUGUCUGUUUUCUCCGUUGGUUUGCCCGCUGCUGGAGGUGGGCGAGCGAGAGGCAGGGGGAGAGCAAGUUCGCUCUUGUUCGCUGGCCACCCUUUCUUCUUCUGCGCGUCGCUCGCGUCCCGACUCGGCGAAUGUCACCACGUCCGUCACACCGUCUGCGUUCCUCCUCGCUCGCAGGCCGACAUUCCCCUGUUCUGAGCCUUUGAUGGAGGGCGGGCGAGUGAGCACGAGAACUGAGGAAGCUGGGCUGGGCAGGCCCGAGCGCACGAGUAGAGAAUCCGCACUCCGGGGCCUGCUGCCGAUGGCUGUCGUUCUUUGCCUUUCUGGUUGACCAGUGCGGGGACGCGAGGGAAGUAGCGGAGUAGACAGCAAGCGGAGGCGCGUAGAGCGAGAAAGCACUUAUGACAGCAGCGGAUAGAUUCGGGGAGAGGAGUAGGAUUUCGGGGAGAUCGAAAGAGGACGAAGAUUUUGGGGAGGAGGCAGAGGCGUGGAAGACGAGGAAGCUGGUAGAUGGAUAAUUGGAUGGCGCCUCGAGCUUUCAUAGGAGGGAACGGGAAGCUGGCGAGGCCCGGAGGCAAGGCAGCGGUAGCAGCAGCAGCAGCAGCAGCAGCGGCGGCGGCGGCGCAGCCUCUAGGACAUGGAGAGAGCGGCGAGGAGAGUGGGGGAAGCGGAAUGGGUGUGCUGAAACGCAAGCGAACGAGUCCGCCAGAAUCUCCCGCUCCCAGUAAAAAACCUACGCUAGAGGAAUCAGGGCCGCCGUGGUCUUCUUCCGCCCCUGGAGAGUUCUCUGAAGUUUUGCCCGGUAAAGGUCAGGCAUUUCCUGGGGACUCGAGAGUCACGAAACAGCAGCUCGGGCAACCGCACGAGUCCGUCACGGGUUUGCUCGCUGCCGAGGAAGCUGUGGUCUCUGGCGUGGAAAAAGAUGGAGAUGGUGACCCUAAAACCAAAACGACCACCCCUGUGGAAAAUGUUUCUCAUGGGCAGGGCUCAUCCGUUCGAGCACCACGGCCUGCGGAAAAUUCUGGCUCCACAAUGGCGGUCACGUCGUCCACUUCUCCAGCCAAGCCGCACCUCAUACCUACUCAUGCUGGCUGGUUUAACUGGAAUCAAAUACAUUUAUUGGAGCGACUAGGUUUGCCAGAGUUUUUCAGCGGGAAGAACAAACUUAAAACUCCUGAGAUUUACAAGGAGCAUCGAAAUUUUAUUAUGUCAAAGUACCGGGAGAAUCCCUCUAAGUUGUUGAAGGCGGAGGAUAUGCAAGGACUUCUCACAGGGGAUGUCACCGGCGUGGUUCGUGUGUUUGAGUUUCUGGAUCAUUGGGGGCUUAUCAACUACCAGGUUGUCAGCGACUUUUCUCGCUUUUUAUCUCCUCCUCCUGGCGGUGUGGAAGAAAGCCCCAACGGAGCUCUGCAGUUGGUCCCGACAACGAAACCAGCGUUGGCCAACUUGUUUCAGUUUGACGCUCCUCGCGCAGCUCCCACCAAAUUACUCACUCCUCCCGUUCCUCCCACUAAUGUUCCCCUCGCCUCUUUAGUAGAAAAUGUUUUACACGAAUCUUUAUCGGGGCCUGAUGUCGAGUAUCACUGUAAUUCCUGCCAAGCCGAUUGCUCUAAGCGACGUUAUCAUUGUCAAAAGCAGGCAGAUUUUGAUCUUUGCCCAGAUUGUUAUAAUGACGGAAAGUUUGGAGAAGGUAUGACCAGUACAGAUUUCCUUCGCAUGGAUGCAUUGACAGAUACUGCCGAUGCCGACGGUGGUGGCUGGUCAGACCAGGAAACCUUGUUGCUCCUGGAAGCGUUGGAGCUUUACGGUGAUAACUGGAGUGAGAUUGCAGAGCACGUAGCUACCAAAUCGAAAGCUCAAUGUAUCCUUCACUUCAUUCGAUUGCCUAUUGAAGACCCCUUUUUGGAGAACAUGGAGCUUCUCACCGGAGGAAUCGUUGCUCCUCAACCACCGCCGGGCGACAGUGAUCCGAAAGGUCCUGCUUCGUCAAGCCCAAAGGAUGGGAAGACUGAUGCUCAGAAAAAUCAGAAUACUUUAACGAUACAAGGGAAAGAGGAGCCGUCGGCUAAAGGUGAAAAAGAUAGCUCUAAGCUAGGGGAGCAACAAGGACAGGAUAGUGGUGUUCCAACUCCUUCUGGGGAUAAAGCAGUAGUCUCAGUUGAUAAGGAAAAGGAGAAGGACAGCGUAGCCCCGAAAGGUAUUGAAGCAAUCAAAACAGAUGAGACUAGCGUUGCGUCCGUCGUGCUAGCAGCUGCGGAAGCUGCAGGUUUUGCCGGGCCCGACGGACUGGUAGCCUUUUCAGAUGCCGGCAACCCCGUAAUGGCACAGGUUGCUUUCCUUGCUGCAAUGGUUGGCCCACGUGUUGCUGCAACUGCUGCACAAGCAGCCUUGAAAGCACUAGCUGAAGAGGAUCCUGUUGGGUAUCUUUCAUCAAAGAACUCCUUUGGCCUAGAGCCUCCUGAUGUGAAGGGUGACAAUGUGGUUCCAGCCAAACCUGAUGAAAGGUCGACGGAAACACCAGUAGACCAAAAUCAAGCCGUAUCUACCUCUGGGCCUACCAAGGAUCCCUCUGACAACAAAGCCUCCAUGUCAACAACGGCAGAGGAGAAGAAGAAAGACGAGGUGGCGAAUGUGGUUGUCGGCGCAGAGGGUAUUGCAGCCGAUGGAGUUGGACAGAAGUCUGUCAAAGCUGAAGAGAGAAAUACCAACAGCAUAGUAGCUAAAGAAGAUGAUGCGCCAUCGAUAUCGAAAGUGAAGAAUGCAGCGGCCACAUCACUUGCGUCUGCCGCUGUGAAAGCGAAGCUUCUUGCAGAUCAAGAAGAGAGGGAGAUACAGCGGCUAGUCGCUAGUGUUAUUGAGAACCAGCUGAAGAAGUUGGAGUUGAAGUUAAAACAGUUCUCCGAGCUAGAGACAGUGCUUGGUAAGGAAUGUGAGCAAGUUGAGAAGGCACGCGCCAAAGUGAUUGCCGAACGAGCACGGAUCAUGCAAUCCAGAGGUCUUAGUUCCACUGCCCCUCCGAGUCAGGCGCAACCUGCAAGCACUGCAGCAGCAGCGUACUCGAAGGCACCAUCUCAGAUGCAGUCAACAUCCUCUAGUUCAGCAGCAGCAUAUACGAAGGCCUACCAGUGACGUAUUGGUCUCAUCUGUACAAUAUUAGGCACAGGUGACUGUGGAUCAGUUAAGUUAGCGUGAAAUGUUGCGAUGCGAAAGGACUUUGGGUGUGCACAGCUCCUGCGACACUUCAGCUUCGGAAGGUUGUCCAAGAGGAUUCCUGCUCAAGUGCAAGGUACCCCUGCACUUAACUUGUGUCAACCCAGAGCACUCACAUUGGGAGAGCUGUUGACGUGUAUUUCGUACACACUCCAAAUGGUUUUGAGUUCUGAAGCGAGAUACGCGAUUUGGGUAGUGUUGCUUACCCAAAGUAGUGAUGCCGCUGGUUGGAUAAUGAUACUGGGUUGAAGUGGGAAGGUACAGUCUCUUGAAGACUGCUCUUGGUGUUAUUUCUGAGAUGUCUUACCCUUCCUUCUUGUUUCAGUAUCUGGGACGUGAGCACAAUGUCCACCAUUCAAUGUAGGAUAUACGAGGAGCCCAACAUUGUAGAGAGUCAGCAGAGACGUCCGGCUGUAGGUUAACUUGGGGAAUGUUGGCCACUGUUAAGAAGGUUGCUUCUCAGAGUCAGUACUUGCACAUUCACUUUUCAACAACGUUGCUGAAGAGAGAAGUGAAGCGUAGUAGUAAGAAUCUUUUAAGCCCUGCGUUGUGCGUAGGCGUGAGCUUUGGAACUAGUCAACAUGUUCCCAUUGGGCUGCGGAAACUUGAGGUUAGUGUCUACAUCGACGAAUUGAACUCGAAGGGAUGCCUCUAGCGAAGGCGAGCUAUUUACAACUACUUAGUUGCUCAUCCACUUUGUCCAGAGAAGUGUGCUGAGUUUUGUGAAGGGUACUCAAUAAAUCUUCAAUCAAGACUCUUCACCACUGAAGCAUUUCCGGCGUAUUUUUCUCGCAGACGAAAUCGUACAUUUGGUUUUUGGUAUGGAGCAGUUUGGUAUUCAUACGUUAGGUGGGACCUGGUCAGUUUCCGUGCGAUGCACUUGUUGAGUUAGCUGUGUCUGCUUUGUUGGAGUUUCUGUUGGUGGUGAGCUGUGAACUUUGAAUGCGCGGAAGGCAGGUCCGGGGGAUUGUAUUUUUCAUUACUCCAGAUCGUUGUCCUUUACCCUUUCUGGAUAUAGAUAAAUCAUGAAGUCAAAAGGUCAAAACCGUACGGCGAGAAUAAGAAAUUUGUUCUGAUCUUAUGAUUCAAGUGUUUCUACACUUGAAUCAAGUUACACGACACUUGGAAAGUUGAAACUGAGACCGGUGCAAUGGGAAGUUACGAGCUGGUUAUGAGCAAUAUGGGCUGGUUUACUUGCAUCUCUAACCUUUCUCGCAGUGAAGGUCGAAACAAAUUUAGUAUCUUAAUAUGGGAACAUCACCUCUAAAACAAGAUUUGUGUAUGUCACUUUCUUUGAGAAGAUUAUAACUUUAAG